AUGGUAUAUUCCCAGAGAAGUCCAGGUUCCCGGCGCCUGCUGCUCUCGCUUCUACUCCUCACAAUCUGGAAGGCCGGGAGCGGCCAGGUCCACUACUCAGUCCUGGAGGAGGUCAAACACGGCACCUUCGUGGGCCGCAUCGCGCAAGACCUGGGGCUGGAGCUUGCGGAGCUGGUGCCACGCCUUUUCCGAGUGGCAUCCAAAGGUCAUAGAGACCUUCUGGAGGUAAAUCUGCAGAAUGGCAUUUUGUUUGUGAAUUCUCGGAUCGACCGGGAGGAGCUGUGCGGGCGGAGUCUGGAGUGCAGCAUCCACCUGGAAGUGAUCAUGGACAAGCCGCUGCAGGUUUUCCAUGUGGAGGUGGAGGUGAAGGACAUUAACGACAAUCCGCCAAGGUUCUUCCGAAAGGAACAAAGAUUAUUUAUUUUAGAGUCAAGAAUAGUGGAUUCCCGGUUUCCGCUAGAGGGCGCAUUUGAUAUGGAUGUCGGAGCAAACGCAGAAUUGAGAUACAAACUAAAUACUAAUGAAUAUUUUGAUUUGGAUGUUAAAGCAAAUGAAGAAGAAACAAGCAUUUUAGAGCUAGUCUUAAAGAAAGCAGUAGAUCGGGAAGAAAUCCAGGAACAUCUUUUAUUACUGACUGCAACUGAUGGAGGAAAACCUGAACUAACAGGUACAGUUCAAUUAUUGAUCAACGUAUUGGAUGCGAAUGAUAAUGCCCCCAAAUUUGAUAAAUCAGUUUAUAAUAUCAGAUUAUUAGAAAAUGCACCAAAUGGGACAUUAGUUAUUAAACUGAACGCCUCGGAUGCAGAUGACGGCAUUAAUAAGGAAAUAGUAUAUCUCUUUAGUGAUCUUGUUCUUGACAAUGUCAAAUCUAAAUUUAUAAUCGAUUCGAAUAGUGGGGAAAUUACAGUUAAGGGAGAACUGGAUUACGAAGACUGUAAUUUAUAUGAAAUUAAUAUUGAUGCUGUAGAUAGAAGUCCAUUCCCAUUAACUGGACACUGCAAAGUAAUAGUAAAACUCCUGGAUGAGAAUGAUAAUACCCCAGAGAUGGCCAUAACCUCCAUAUCUCUGCCGGUACAAGAAAACGCUUCAGUGGGGACCGUCAUAGCCCUGAUCAGUCUGUCUGACCGCGACUCCGGUCUCAAUGGGCAGGUGACCUGCACCCUGUCGCCCCACGUUCCCUUCAAGCUGGUGUCCACCUUCAAGAACUACUAUUCGCUGGUGCUGGACAGUGCCUUGGACCGCGAGAGCGUGUCGAACUACGAGCUGGUGGUGACAGCACGGGACGGAGGAUCGCCUCCGCUCUCCGCCACCGCCAGCGUGUCCGUGGAAGUGGCGGACGUGAACGACAACGCGCCGGCGUUCGCGCAGCCCGAGUACACGGUGUUCGUGAAGGAGAACAACUCGCCCGGCUGCCACAUCUUCACGGUGUCAGCGCGGGACGCGGACGCGCAGGAGAACGCGCGGGUGUCCUACUCGCUGGUGGAGCGGCGCGUGGGCGAGCGCGCGCUGUCGAGCUACGUGUCGGUGCACGCGGAGAGCGGCAAGGUGUACGCGCUGCAGCCGCUGGACCACGAGGAGCUGGAGCUGCUGCAGUUCCAAGUGAGCGCGCGCGACGCGGGCGUGCCUCCGCUGGGCAGCAACGUGACGCUGCAGGUGUUCGUGCUGGACGAGAACGACAACGCGCCCGCGCUGCUGCCGCGGCCCGGCGCGGGCGGCGGGGGCGGCGCGCUGAGCGAGCUGGUGUCGCGGUCGGUGGGCGCGGGCCACGUGGUGGCGAAGGUGCGCGCGGUGGACGCGGAUUCCGGCUACAACGCGUGGCUGUCGUUCGAGCUGCAGCCGGCGGCGGGGGGCGCGCGCAGCCCGUUCCGCGUGGCGCUGUACACGGGCGAGAUCAGCACGACGCGCCCCCUGGACGAGGCGGACCCGCCGCGCCAGCGCCUGCUGGUGCUGGUCAAGGACCACGGCGAGCCGGCGCUGACGGCCACGGCCACCGUGCUGCUGUCGCUGGUGGAGAGCGGCCAGGCGCCAAAGGCGUCGUCGCGGGUGUUGGCGGGCGCCGCUGGCGCCGAGACGGCGCUGGUGGACGUCAACGUGUACCUGAUCGUCGCCAUCUGCGCGGUGUCCAGCCUGCUGGUGCUCACGCUGCUGCUGUACACGGCGCUGCGGUGCUCGGCUCCGCCCAGGGAGGGCGCGUGCGGGCCUGGGAAGCCCACGCUCGUGUGCUCCAGCGCGGUGGGGAGCUGGUCGUACUCGCAGCAGAGGCGGCAGAGGGUGUGCUCUGGGGAGGGCGCGCCCAAGACCGACCUCAUGGCCUUCAGUCCCAGCCUACCUCAGGGUCCCAGCUCUGCUGACACUCCGCAUGAUGUCGCUGUCUACCAUGAAGUCAACCUAGUUAUUACAGUAUGCAAAAUCCAUUCCUCCUAUUACCGAUUAGUUCCAUGA